AUGACCGCCGACGCCGAGGCGUGGGAGGAGCGCCACCGCGGCGUCGAGUACAGCGUGCUCGGCCCCGCGGAGCUGGAGGAGAAGCAGCUGCGCGAGCGGCGCGACGUGGCAAGCAUGUUCGAGAUCCAGGAGACAGAUGCCUCGACUCUGCUGCGCUACUUUUCCUGGAACAAGGAGCGCCUGAUCGAGUCGUUCAUGGAGCGGCCGGAGCACUACUCUGCCGUCGCUGGGCUCUCCACGUCUUCGCGGCCGUCUGCAGUCCAGACGCUGCACCCGCCGACGGACUUUACCUGCGAAGUCUGCUUCUCCUCGAUCGAAGAUGCCGGUGGCGCGAGCAGCAGCAGCAGCAAGGGCAAAGGGAAGAGCCGCGGGCCGGGCAUGGAGACGCUCGCGCUCUCGUGCGGUCACCGCUUCUGCACGGCGUGCUACGCCGCGUAUCUGCAGCAGAAGGUGGAGAACGAGGGCGAGAGCAGACGCAUCCAAUGCCUCAUGGAGGGCUGCGGCAUGAUCGUCGACGAGAACACGGCAAAGCUCGUGCUGCAGGGCGCCACACUUGAGCGAUACACACACCUGCUCUCUCGCACCUACGUCGACGACGCGCCCACGCUGCGCUGGUGUCCCUCGCCCGGGUGCGAGAACGCCGUGUCGGCGGCGGUGCCGGCCAAGGCGCUGCGCUCCCUGGUGCCGACGGUGCGCUGCGCGUGUGGCACGGAGUUCUGCUUUGGCUGUGCCGAGGCGCCGGGCCACGAGCCGGCGAUCUGCAAGGUCGCAGGCCUGUGGCUGCGCAAGUGCCGCGACGACAGCGAGACGGCCAACUGGAUCAGCGCCAACACAAAGGAGUGCCCCAAGUGCAACUCGACGAUCGAGAAGAACGGCGGCUGCAACCACAUGACGUGCCGCAAGUGCAAGUACGAGUGGUGCUGGAUCUGCGCGGGCCCGUGGUCGGAGCACGGCAACAGCUGGUACAACUGCAAUCGCUUCGACGAGAAGAGCGGCACCGAGGCUCGCAGCGACCAGGCCAAGUCGCGUGCGCAGCUGGAGCGCUACCUGCAUUACUUCAACCGCUACGCAAACCACGAGCAGUCGGCGCGCCUCGACCGCGACCUCUACGCACGCACGGAGAAGAAGAUGGAGGAGAUGCAGCUCUCGUCGCAGCUGACGUGGAUCGAGGUGCAGUUCCUGCGCAAGGCCGUCGACACACUCUCGGCGUGCCGCGCCACGCUCAAGUGGACGUACUGCAUGGCCUUCUACCUCGAGCGCGACAACAUGACGGAGCUCUUCGAGGACAACCAGAGAGACCUGGAGCGCGCCGUCGAGGACCUCUCCGAGCAGCUCGAGAAGCCCAUCACCAAGGAGACGAUUCCGAGCAUGCGGCAGCGCGUCACGGACUUGACCGUCUACGUGGCAAAGCGGCGCGAGAUCCUCCUCGCCGACACGGCCGAGGGCCACCGCGACGGCCGCUGGAAGUGGAGCGUGCCCAUCUAG